CAACAGCAAAGAGACGUUUUUCACUGCAAUGACAGCACGAUACAAAUUUUUAUGGACAAUGCAGGCAUAAGAACAAUAACUUUUAUAACGCUAGAAGCCGACGAGGCGGUAGCGCUUAACAACCAGAGCCGAAUUGUCCCAACACUCCCAUCGUUCAACAAUGAAGUAUUUUUCCAGAUGCAGACUGGGUGACGCAAGCAAAUUGGUCCAACUUCUUAACCACACUCCAGCACUCUGAAAGCUUAUAUUAUGUUGGAAGGGAUGUCAGGAUACUCGAUACGACUCCCGCAGCAAUAAGAAACGACACUUUGUUCUUCGAGUUGACACACGGUGACCAAACUGUAUUUAUCAGUGUUUACGAAUACAUGCCCACGACGUUGUAUGACUUGCCCACAUUCGUCACCCCUCUGACUGUAGCACUGAUGAUGGCUAUUUGCGCUGUAGUGUUAAUCAAAAAUCUGCAUCCCGAUGCUGCAGCCAGGAUUGGCAGAGUGGUCUUUUUGUUUGCUGCUAUGACUGAUAAUCAGAACUCUUCUAGACCCAAUCUAAGCAAGGUUGGCUUUAACAUAGGAGCCAUACCCAACCUCAGACACAAUGGUUUCUUCAACAAUGGCAACUUGAUAGGUAGAAUAAAUUUGGACGACGAUCAACCAAUCGAAGAAGAAAUCAGUCUUCGCGAGGGAUUUAAAGGUCUUGAAAACACUACUACCUAACAAGUGAAGAUCUGUUUAACGACACGCGGAUAAUGAACUUUUCUGCUGCCGUUGACACAACUGAUGACUUUUACCAGCAAGCGAUAAAAUUGUACUGUACAUUAUGAGUUCCAUUAUUUCAGCCUAACACUAGGAUCAUCUGCCUUUUUAUUAC